AUGGACGCGCUGAGGCUACUGACCAGAUCGACAAACUUGAGACCAAAUCAGGCCAAGACAGCAAACAGUACGCCUCUUCCUUCGGAAGGUAAUCAAGAACUACCAUCGGAACAAAUUAAUCCCAAGAAGCGGAAAAGAGCCGACGAGGAGAAGCCUCAGGAUCUCUCGCCGGAGGAAGUCAGAGAAAUCCAAAGCAAGCACAAGAUCCGAAUUGUUGAUCUGCGAUUACUCCGCAAAACAUCGAAGAAACGGACCAAGAAGCAGCAGAAGGAAUAUGCUCGAGUAUUUCCUCAGCCACUUACCAGCUUUGAGCUGUUGAAAUCUCAGUGCCAGGUCUGCGAAGCGAUUCAGCGCAAUGUCAGGGCACAGGCAUACUAUGAGCCUAGCGAGGUACAGACAGCCGCCUUGCCUGUGCUGCUCUCAGACCCUGAGAACGCACCAGAUCUGUUGACUGUGGCUCCGACUGGAAGCGGCAAGACACUCGCCUUUCUCGUUCCGACCAUUGAGAAGAUCAGACGAGAGCACAAGUCGUCAAGCGAAAGGCAUACGAGGGCCAUUAUUCUAGCUCCCACCAAAGAACUUGUUGGUCAGAUCGUGAAUGAGGGACGGAAAUUGUGUGCGAAUACUGGAGUUACUAUCACUGCGGCAAGGAAAGGUAUGAAGCUGGCAGAGUCCACGGAAGAGUUUGAAGGCGAAGAUGAAGCACACGAAUAUGACUCAGACAAUGACAACGACGGCCGGAAUGGCGACGAUCACGAGCAGAGCUCGGCCGCUGCUGUCAUUAAGACUGACAUACUCGUAUCAACGCCACUCACCCUUGUCCAUGCUCUGGGUUCGUCACCGCUCGCCAAGAUCACGACUCUCAUACUCGACGAAGCCGACGUCCUACUCGACCCUUUGUUCCGAGAACAGACUCAGUCUAUCUGGACAGCCUGCACCUCCACCCUCCUUCGCGUGUCGCUCUGGUCGGCCACCCUUGGUUCUAAUGUCGAGGAACUUGCAAUCUCCAUCAUCGCCGAUCGUCGGAAAGCCCUAUCCAUCAAAGACAAAGCGCCUCUCUACCGCAUAGUUAUCGGUCUCAAAGACUCUUCCCUACCUCACAUAACGCAUAAACUUAUAUACGCUGCCACCGAGCCCGGGAAGCUGCUUGGACUGCGCCAGCUACUCCGUCCCUCGCGUCCGUUGCCCACUAACAAUAGCACAACACCCACUCAGCAACUAGCAAAUAUCCGCCCGCCAUUCCUGGUCUUUGCUCAAACAAUCGACCGUUCCACCGCCCUCUUCACCGAGCUCCACAUCAUGCAACGCUUCCGCGCCGGCCAGAUCUGGGUGCUUAUCACGACCGAUCUGCUCUCCCGAGGCGUCGACUUCCGUGGAGUCAACGCCGUCGUCAACUACGACAUACCCACCACCUCCGCCAGCUACAUCCACCGUGCGGGACGGACGGGGAGAGCGGGCAGAGAAGGCGGUGUCUGCGUGACUUUCUACACAAGGGAGGACGUGAAGUACCUGAAGGCUAUCGCUUCGGUCAUCAAGUCGUCUACGACUACGUCCGGCACAAAGUCAUCGUCCACGGCCGAAGUGGAAGGCAUUCCUGCCUGGCUACUACAAUCCUUGCCGGACCUAACAAAGAACACCCGGAAAGAGCUUAAGCAGCGUGGCGUGGAGACGAGGCGGGCAAUCAAGGAGAGCGACGAUGCUGAUGAGCGGAGGAGGAAGCGCAAAGCGAGGAUCGGGACGAAGAGUGGCUACGAGAAGCGAGAGGAGAACAACAGGAGAGGGAUGGUGAUCGGGAGUAAGAAGCGGAAAGAGAGGGAGAUGGCGGUGGGCAAAAGUGUAGAGGACGAGUCGUUCGAAGGCUUCGAUUGA